UUACAAAGGUUCUGCAGCACGGGGCAAACAUGUCAACAAGGACACCACACUGAGGACUUUUUAGCCCCAACAAUAUUGUGACGCGCCCUUUAACUUAAACCAAAUAUGAACCUGUGUCAAUUCUUGCAGUAACAAAAGUACAGUUCCCAGGGGAUUUCAGACUUUUACAGCUGCGGAGAGCUUACUUUUGAAAAAAACAAGGAAGUACCAUCACAAAGCCGACGACCCGUUUAAAUUUCAUGUGUACCGACCUCUGCAUAAGGACCGUCACAUACCUGCGCAUAUAGCUAAAAGCUUAUAGGUGUGGAUCCGGCUGUCUAGGUUUGUAAUUGUGAAGAACCAGAUAAGAGCCCACUUUGUAGGGAUCCUGACAGCAGACACUCAUGGAAUCUCAGAAGCCCACAAGACGCUGGGGAGAGAUUCUCAUUCCAUUAGCCAUUCUGACAUCGAUAUGUGUCCCAGGUAUGGAAGCUAUGAAAUGCGGCGGGAAAAUAUGUGGACAUGGGACAUCAUGUACGCAGGGUGUUUUUUGUCAUUGUAAACCAGAAUAUGCUGGUUUAAGGCGUGUACCUGGAAGUAAUGUGCUAUUUUGUUCAAAGAUCUGCAAGCUUAAAAAUCAAAAGUGUCCUGGCAAAACUACGUGUAAGCCGGUAAUCCUGUUCUGGAGGAGCAAACCAUUCCUAUCAUUUAAACAGUUGUGCGAGUGUUCACCUAAAGAGAGAUCGCCAUCUACAGGAGAAUGUGCAGAUUUUAUAGCUGACGGAUGUAGACGACGUUGUGGAUACAGGGCGACAUGUGUACAAGGUGUUUGUGGUUGUACUGAAGACUCAGAUAUCCUGACAUCCCCUCGAGGAAGUUCGCUUCAGUUUUGUCUUCGUGAGUAAAGGUCAUACACAAAUUUAACAGUGUAUCUAUAAUAUAGUAAUGCUGCUUCUCCUAGAAAAAGGAAAUGUGUACGUUUUUGUACCCUCUUGUACACACCCACACCCGAUUGUGCCUAUGAAAACCUGCCACCGUUAAUGUUUUUCUGCGUAAAUUA